AUGUACUUCCGAACCCGAGGGCCGGUUUGUUACAAGGGUUUGGACAGGGCAUUCUUUGGUGAGAAUGAAUGGUUUUUCUUUAGUCCAAGAGACAGGAAGUAUCCGAAUGGUGCUCGUCCGAACAGAGCGGCUGCAUCAGGUUAUUGGAAGGCGACAGGGACCGAUAAGCCGAUCCUUUCGUCGAAUGCAUCACAGUGUAUUGGGGUGAAGAAGGCUCUUGUUUUUUACAAAGGUCGCCCUCCAAAAGGCACAAAAACCAACUGGAUGAUGUAUGAAUAUAGGCUUCUCAAUGAUAACCCUCGUUCUCUAAGGCUCAGAGGAUCAAUGAGGUUAGAUGAUUGGGUUUUAUGUCGAAUUCGCCAAAAGAGCAACACUGCGGCACAAAGACAAGAGAACCCAAAGAAGUGCAUUGUAACCUCAUCACCUUCCUAUGAUCUUGAUUUAAUUGGACAAGAACAUACACUGGAGAAAAUCAACUAUUUCAAAUUCGAAAACGGGUUUAGUACUGUUACUGUCCAGGAUAGUGAAAUUGUCAAUGAAUUCGGGCCUUUCGAAUUCCAAGGAGGGACGUCAGAAUACUCAAUGCAUGNCUCUGAUCGUUGA